AUGAUCACAACACUAACAAAAUCCAUCACCGCCCUCUCCACAUCAUUCCCCGGUACAAUCACGGAUUCAUCAAGCGACACAUCAAUGACAUCGCUCGGGUCAAGUUCAUCCGCUAUGGCUGCAACCAUAUCAAACAUCGUGUUUUUCCCCAUAAAGUCCGCUUUCAAUCAUAUACCAUCGAUGGAAAGAGAACAAAAAGCGGAAUCACCAAGAGUUAUAACGAGAUAUGAUCUUUUGAAGGCUGCUGAAGAAAAUGAAAGACAGGCAAGGAUAAGGUCUGCUAGAAAAUCUUCCGGAAGAAGAAGCAGAAGAAGACAUUCAAUGAAAAAAACCGUUUCCUUUGAUACGGAAACAAUAAUAGCAUAA